AUGGAGGAACUGCAGACACGUUUGACCGCUGGCCGGAAAGUGCUGCUCCCGACCGGCCCUCUGAUUCGGGUCGAGGGUCAGCCGCUGUCUGUACGAUGCGAAGUCUCGGAAUACGAGGGACCCAAGGAGCAGGAGUUCGAUUGGAAGGCUAAACGAGGGUCGGAGACCGUCGCCGUCAUGUCCACGUUCGACUCGACGUUUCCGGACCAGUCCGUGGAGGACCGCGUGGCUUCGGGGGACGUUAGCCUGGAGAGGCUGGGCGAUAGCACGGUGGAACUGAGGAUCAGAGAAGCCAGGGUGAGCGACAGCGCUACCUACACCUGCAGUACCCCCAGCACGGACUCCGUCAUCAGCGGGAACUACGGCGCAGACGUGCUACUGAGAGUGAUCCCGAACACGCUGGCUGUGACGCCCGUAGCCCCCGUCCCUUCAGUCCACGAGGGCAGGUCCAUCGAUCUGCGCUGCAACGUCUCCCACGACUUCACCCACGGGAUCUACCUGUCGGUCACCUGGUCUGUGAGACGGGGUCAGUCGGAGCGGGACCUCGUCACGUUCGGGCCCGACCUGGGCGUCGAGGUGGGCGGGGAUUUCGUGCGGCGGUACGCGGACGGCGGGAUGCGCGUGCGCCCGGAGACGGACGGGUCGUACGGCCUGGUGCUGUCUGGGGCGGAGCCGGCGGACGAGGGGGUGUACGCGUGCACGGUUAAGCAGUGGACCGUGGAGGGGGGCGGCUGGAACAGGAUACAGGAAAAGACCGAGGUCAUGGGAGAGGUGGCCGUCGUCCCGACAGCCAAAUCCCUCACCGUGCAAGUCCUGGACAGGGCCGUGGUCACCGCCGGAGACAACCUGAGCCUGACCUGCUUGGUUUCCGCCGGCGACCGUUCAGUCCUGGGUCUGGAGGUGACUUGGCUGCUGAACGGCACACAGGUUCUCACCCACCUGGGUAAGGACGGGGUGGAGUCGAAAGCCUCGAACGUCUACAGGAUCAGCCAGGCCGGAGAGGGAGACUUCAGGCUGGAGGUCCACGGGGUCGAGACGUCCGACGCGGGACUCUACACGUGUAGGGUCAGGGCCUGGAUCAAGCGCUGCGGGGGGAAAUGGUACCAGGCGGCGGAGACGACGUCGACGCCUGUAGAGGUGACGGUCGCCGUGACGGAUCCAGCCAUGAGUGUAACCCUAGACUCUUCAGUCAUACCACAGUACCUGGGUGACUCAACAGAACUCGUGUGUGAAGUCUCCAACGUCUCUCUUCUCUGGGGGAAAAAACUCGGCGUCUCUUGGUUCUACUCGGCCACCCCGUCCGCUGACGGUAACGCUACCGAUCAGAGCAUCGGGUCGCUAGAUGAAAACGGGGCCCUCGUCACAGGCGAGAAGUACAGAAGCCGCUUCGACUCGGGGCUCGUCGCGGUGACGAGGACGGAGCCGGCUACCUUCAAGCUGCGUCUGCUCCGGACCGCGAGCCAGGAUGCGGGGAGGUACGUUUGCGCCGUCACGACGUGGGCGCUCGGUCAUCUGGGCGAGUGGAAGAAGUCGGCGGAGUAUCGGGCCGACGCUCUGACGGUCAGCUUAGCUGCCAAAGGUCCUGGUAUAAGUGUAGUAGCUCGCCGCACACGACAAGCGACUAUCGGUUCCACUUUUGAAAUGACCUGCCAGGCCAAGCUCAAAAACCUCCAGGAGGACGCCACGCUCUCCGUCGUCGUAUCAGCGCAGACCACUGUAGGAGCACCCGGCCGCAGACUCGCCUCCCUCAGCCCCGACAUGGUUCUCCGUGUAGAAGACUGGCGUAAAUCCGGCGUUCUGGACAGCAUCAGUCUGGUGAAGACCGGGAAGAACGAAUUCCAGUUCCAGAUCCAGGGUGUGCAGGAGACGGAUCGAGGAUUCUACUGGUGUGAGAUUGCUGCAUGGACCAAGCAGGAUGAGAAAGACUGGGUGGAGGUGGCGAAAGGAGAGUCGAACAAGGUUCAGAUCGCCUUCGACUACACAAAGCCCUCAUUUGAACUUCAAAUCGCUUCUGACACCACCGAUGUGUACCCAUGGGAAACAGUUCGAAUCGAGUGUGUCCUGAGUGUCUUCGGAACACCUCCCAAAGCGGACGACCUGGCGUUCGAGAUACGCUGGUAUCUGCGGCGCUUACAGGGAUCGGACGCGCCGACCCUCCUGGCGAGUAUGGAUCGCUCGGGCGUGGUCAGGAAGAGCCUCCGGAACGCCUCGAGCGACUGCAGCGUGGAGCGCUCGAGAGCCCAGACGUUCGCACUCAACGUUCACGGGACCCAAGACAGCGACGCGGGGGAGUACUACUGCCUGGCCACGCCCUGGAUACGAUCGAGAACGAGCGACGUCUGGAGCAAAGAACCGGAAAUCGGAUCCGAGAAGAUAUUCCUCAGUGUCAAGUUCGCACUGUGGGAUUCGAUGAAGCUGCCUCUGCUCUACGGGACGUGUACGUCCCUAUUGAUCGGUCUCUUCUCUCUCGUACUGGGCGUCGUCUGUACCCACUGCUGCUGCAGAGACAAUACGAACGCUUCAAACACUCGCAUUAAGCUCAUCAGCCAGCAAAUUGAUUGA